AUGGUGGCUAUAUCGCAUGUCACUGUGUUCUGUGCUUCAGCUCUUUCGCUUGCGACUAUAUGGGGGAUGUGCCUGAACCCUGCAGCCGUGCAGAGCAGGUUGAAGCAGCUUUGGACGCCUCCUUCAAAUGAUGCCGCUGCGUCGUCCGCCGUCGCGCUGAAGCCAAGGAGCAUGACUCAGGCCUUCCAGCUCGGAAUGCUGAGGGCCCAGUGCCGGAAGAGCGGAUGGUGUCCACACCAUGUACUCGUGAGAGCAGGAGAAGUCCUUCAGUCCGCAGGCCCCGUGAUGGCAGACCAGCUGUUGAGGGUAGAGAGCGUCCUGAAGGAGGAGGAUGAGAGAGAGAGUACGAUGAAAAGGAUGAGAGGCAUGAUGAACUUGGUCAAUAUCGCAUGGUUCGUCUCCAUCGUUGGCAUCAUCUGCACCAUCAUCCCCUUUGUCAUCAAGCUCCUCCUGCCUCUAAAGGACAUCUUUGCGGGAGCUGUCAUCUCCGCGUUCCUCGCCAUGCAUAGGAACGGAGUCUUCUCAGUGGUUGGCUUCUACCUCUGCCUCUGCCUGGUCGUCCAGGGGUCGAGAUACCCCCCGGGUUAUGCUUACUCCGCCGUCAUGGUCUCCCUCUCGGGAGCCAUGGGGUUCGCCCCGUGCAUCGUCUACAGCCUCUCCUUGCUCAGCAGGCAGGAGGCGGCAGGCAUGCGACAGAUAAUCAGGAUCGCCAUGCUCUACUGCCUUCUUGUCCUGGCCCCGCUCGCCGUCUUCUUUCAGAGCUCCCUGAUGGGAUUCUUGUCUUGCGCCGCCUUGUUCGACUUGUGCGGGUUCGGCAUCCGCUACAUGGGCAUCGGAUACGAGAUCGGCUUCGAGAACCGCCAGGACUUGUUCCGAUGCCUCCUAGUCAGCUUCUGUUUCUUGUCUGCCUACCUUUUGCUGGCAAUGAGCAGCCCCUCGGAAAGCAUCCAGCAUUACACACGCCCAUUCAGCAAGGGGAUGACGGUGGUUGGGUCCAUGGUCUACUUCAUCAGCCUCCUUAUCCUCUCGCACCCGUGGAUCAGCAAGGGCAGAGACUACAUGCUCGCAAACAGUGUGAUGCUAGCCAGCCUUGUCGUGUGCGCUGGAAUCGGAAGCAUCUGGGGUAUUGACGCUGUUACCAACAUUUCCUGCACGUAUGCUGUGUUGUGGGCGAUGGAGAAACAAUUCGAGAUUGUUCCCGGAAACGUCGCUCCCGCCUUCGUCUUCUUCUGCUCCCUCUACUACAUCGCUCACUUCAUACAGACGCGACCUCACUUCCUGCUCUGCUUGGUUGAUCCCGACUGCAUGGGGAGGUGA